UUUAGAAAUAAAUACGAGACAAAUGUGCGUAUUUGCGGGUGGACAUGGACGCAGUAAUGGCUUAUAAAUUUUUUGGACGUAGAAAUAAAUGAUAGUGUAUGUGAUACUGUGCCGCCUAUCUAAUAAGAAAAAAAAAAUGUUUCACAAAUUGGAAUAAGGGAAAUAUUUAAAAUAAAGCUAUUAAAUGAAGUGUAUAUUGAUUGCAAUUAUAAUUGAGUGCAAAAGUUCCAUAUAUAGAAAUAAGCGAACGGAAUAGUCGGAUGAAAGUCUCAUUGUUAUUGUUCACAGAGACGAGAAAAAAAAAAAAAAAAGUCCAAAAUUUAGAAAUUGUGUACGAUGUGUUGUUGGGAAAUAGCCUCGUUUAAAAAUACAUUUUUACAAAUUGAUAAGUAACAUUUGUUGUAUACCUUUUGUAUGUAAACAUUCGUCCUACUCUUCACGUCUGCAUCCCUCAAUCCUGUCGCUCCGGAAUUGUGCACGUUAGAAAAACAAAACCUCAAGUUUCUGCAAACAAUGGCUAACAAUAGCAAUAAUUCUGGCAGUAAUAUUGUUGUGGGGGCUGUUGGUUCACUAAAUGCUUCUGGUGGUGGUAAUGAUUUGUGGCAUGAAUGUGUUGCGUGGUUAACUCGUUGUCAAAUUAUACCACCAGAUCAUGUGGCUAACUCGCCUACAGCAGAAAUACGGGUUUUGGCCUUGACUUUGCGUGACGGUGUUUUAUUGUGCAAUCUGGUGCUGUAUUUGGAUCCCACUUGCAUGGAUCCCAGUGAUUUUACGCGUAGACCUCAAAUGGCUCAAUUUUUGUGCUGUAAAAAUAUUAAAUUAUUUUUAGAUGUUUGUCGUAAUCAUUUUAAGGUACGAGAAUCGGACCUAUUCGAUGCAAAUAUGUUGUACGAUUUAACAAACUUUCAUCGUGUUCUCAUCACUCUUUCGAAAUUGUCACAAUGCGCAAAAGUACAACAACUGCAUCCUAAAUUAGAAGGAUUUAAUUUACAAUUAUCGCCCAGUGAAAGAUCUCAUUCCGAUGAAGACAUUUACAAAGACUUACACUCCACUGAUAUUAAGAAAAGCGAUAGUUUCGACACCUCGUCAGAAUAUUUUGAUCAUAUUUCGCAAAACGGUUCGCUAUCCGUUGAAGAUGAGAACAGUGAUAUAACAAAUGAAAAUGGAACAGAGAAUACUGAGGAUUAUAUAGAGGACACAGUCUCUGUGUUAAGUGAAACUAUAGACGAUGAAAAGCCACCCGUCCAAAAUACAGGCUCUCUGCCAAGUACAACGACAACAACAAUAACGACGACAACAAAUAAAAUAACUGGUAAAGUUUCUAAUGCGCCGCCAUUGGGCUUAAGUACACGUUCGGCUUCUUCAUCGGGAAUGGGGAAUUUGGAUUUCAAUUCGAGUCAUGACAGUAACAAUCAACAGCUACAAAAGGUAGCAGCCACCGUUUAUAAUUAUCAGCAAAUAGAUGCCGAAGAUAUGGGUCAUGAAUAUUUGAACGCUAUAUACUCGGAGGAGGAUGAAAAAGUCUACGAAGAUUUAUGUUAUGUCACGUUUUCCACUCAUAAGGUGGCGGAGAUCACCUCAGCUACCAGUUUUGAACAGCGUGAUUACGUUAUACGUGAACUGAUUGAUACAGAAUCCAAUUAUUUAGAUGUUUUAAAUGCUUUAAAAACUAAAUUUAUGGCGCCCUUGGAACGCUAUUUAAAUCCAGAAGAGUUGCGACAAAUAUUUCCGCGUAUUAAAGAAUUGGCAGAUAUACAUACAAAAUUUUUGGAUAAAUUACGUGAUUCUUUGCAACCUCAUGCCAAAGUGAAAAUGAGUCAGGUUUUCUUGGAAUUUCGGGAACCUUUUCUAAUCUAUGGUGAAUAUUGUUCGUGUUUAUUAGGUGCCAUUGAUUAUUUAGCUGAUAUUUGUAAAAAAAAUCAAAUAAUUGAUCAACUUGUUCAGGUAUGUGAACGUGAAUAUAAUGUGGGAAAAUUACAAUUACGUGAUAUCUUGUCAGUGCCAAUGCAACGUAUUUUAAAGUAUCAUUUAUUAUUGGAUAAACUAGUCAAAGAAACAUCACCGAUGCACGAAGACUAUCGUUCUUUGGAGCGUGCAAAAGAGGCCAUGAUCGAUGUGUCUCAAUACAUAAAUGAGGUUAAGCGUGAUUCUGAUCACUUGGUGAUUAUACAAAAAGUUAAAGAUAGCAUUAUAGAUUUGCAUUUACCGCAAAAUGGUAAUGAUCUUUUGCAAUACGGCCGUCUAUUAUUAGACGGUGAACUACACAUAAAAGCUCACGAAGAUCAAAAAACCAAGUUGCGUUAUGCUUUUGUGUUCGAUAAAAUCCUAAUUUUAGUUAAACCUUUAAAUGCCAAGGCCGGUGAUAUGCAAUAUCGAUUUCGUGACUCUCACAAUUUAAAUGAAUAUCGCGUAGAGCAAAGCCAUUCUAGACGCACAUUAGGGCGUGAUACUCGUUUUAAAUAUCAGUUACUGUUGGCACGCAAAUCGGGUAAAACCGCUUUCACUUUAUAUCUAAAGUCAGAGCCGGAGAGAGAUAAGUGGCGUAAAGCCUUAACGGAGGCAAUGGAAAAUUUAGAUCCUCCAGGUUGUCGAAACACCGAUCACAAAAUGGAGAUCUUCACUUUCGAUGCUCCUACCACUUGUAGACACUGUUCCAAAUUUUUAAAAGGUCGAAUACAUCAGGGUUACCGCUGUAAGGUGUGCGAGAUCGCGGUGCAUAAAGGCUGCAUAUCGUCAACUGGUCGUUGUAAACAGACAACGGUAUCAAUACCUCCGCCAGUUUGUGAUCGAAAAUUGGCCGAAUUUAAUUGGUUUGUGGGAAAUAUGGAUCGUGAAACGGCUCAGAUACGAUUGGAACGUAGACGUGUUGGUACUUAUUUGUUGCGAGUUCGCCCGCAGGGUGCCUCAAAUCCUAAUGAAACUAUGUAUGCUUUAAGUUUGAAAACCGAUGAGAAUGUUAUUAAGCACAUGAAAAUUAAUCGCGACUAUCACGGUGAUAAUGUAACUUAUUGCUUAUCUACGAGGCGUGGUUUUAAAAGUAUAGUUGAUUUGGUUUCCUAUUACGAACGCAAUGAUCUGGGUGAAAAUUUUGCUGGCUUAAAUCAAUCAUUGCAAUGGCCAUUUCGGGAGAUUUAUGGAACUGCCAUUUUUGAUUUUGAACCGCAAGGUACAAAUCAGUUACAGUUGAAGGCUGGCUGCCAGGUGUUAAUAAUUGGUAAAGAUGGAGAUGAUCGUGGCUGGUGGCGUGGUAAAGUUGGCGAUGUGGUUGGCUACUUUCCCAAAGAGUACGUACAAAUGCAACCACCGACUAGUGAUGAACUUUGAUACUAUAGUUAUGAAAUUGAUUUCUCACGUAAUGAAACCCAUAGAGUAUUGAAUGCCGCAAUUUUUAACGAGCCAUCAACUUAUAUAGAAAAUCGUCAACAACAUUUUGAAAUUUUAAUUACUGAGGGUCAGUAAAAUUUUGUUUUGGUUAAGUUUGCGAGCAAAUUGAUUUGACUUCUAAGGUAAACAAUUAAACAAAAUAUUGUGCCAAUAUUUACAAAAAGAAAGAAGUAAAGAAAACCGUUUGUACUCUAUGCCAUAGUAAUUCAAAAUUAUAUCACAAGUACAGGUAAUCGUUGCAAUGUUGUCCCAAAACACCAAAUCCCUAUUUCGGUUCAAAGAUCCCAGGACUUUAUUGUCUAAUGUGUUCCUUUUCAUCUUAUUUACUAAGAAUUUAGAAGUAAGAAUAUUCUUUUAGAAUCUGUGUCUAGGAUAAUGCCCUCUUAUGCUUGAUGUUUACUUAACUAUGGUUGAGUUUAUAUACCGUAUAUAUUGAACGGUUCGCAAACAUAGCCAAAGAGUUAUUUGUGUCUGCUUAGUCUUCCCAUCCGUCAUAAUCGACAUUUGAAAAAAGAAUGGGUUAAUUGAUACGCUAAGUGAGCUCUCCUUAUAUAUUCCCUAAAUAUAGGAGUAUAUUGUGCAUUUAUAUAAUAUAUUGAUCUAUUUACUGUCAGUAUUUCUAUAGAUAUAUUUAUAUUUUAUUUGUUAUCCCUUUGUUUUUUCUUUUAAUUAUAUGUUCUGAGCUCGUAUGCUCGAAAUUGCAGGGAUUCCGUAUUAAUGCUUUUUAAAACAUGGACUGUAAUGAGUUACAGUGACCGCUCUCAGCAUUUCAUAGUUUCGGGUCGGAAUAAUAACGCGUUGUUUAUAUUCAGGGAGUGUGACGAAAAAAAGUCGGAGUGAUCUGUUUACAUACACACCUACUAGGCUGCGGCCGCUUCCCUAUCUCUUUCCCCACUUCUUGCUGGCCGUCACCGCGUUGCCCGAAUAACGAACAUUUCCUGAGUGAUGGGUCAUACCAUAAAAAAAAAAAAAAAAUCGUAUAUUCCACCAAUUUAACCUAUUACUAAACCCGUUGAUUAUGACGAAUUCUUGGAUAUCAGUUUUCCAAAAAUACAUUUUUUCGUUUUUUUUUUUCACAUUUUAGGUGUGCAUGCGAAUUUUUGUUACCUUUUGUGUUACUAAUGGAUUAAGCAAUGUUUGCGUCAAUUUUCAGCUUCUUAUCUUUGUCUUUACGACUGUAACGGUUUACAAUACUUAUUCGUCAAAUUGACGGACUUCAGUAACAAUUGCUAUACUACAUCUGCAAAUAGCAAAGUGAACGUGUCGCAGAAAAAAAGUACAUAUAUAUAUAUAUAUAUAUACAGAUCAAAGGCGAGUAUCGUCUGAAGAUAUCUACUUCCUUAUGCGGAAUUUAUGAGCUUGAAACCACAAGCACGUGAAGUUGACGGAUACCGUAAAUCUAAUGUGGAAGUUGUUAUAGUUUAAAAUAAAGAAAACAUUUUUUUCUCUUUUUCACAUAGUUCCCAGCUAUAAAAAUCAACAGAAAGUUCUUUACAACAACAUCACCUCUCAAUUAGAUAAUUUUAAACUGCUUUUAAUUGAUAUUAAAUUUGAUCUGUGAAGAGACUUUUUAAAUAUAUCACUUAAUUGAUCUUCUGUAAUGAUUUUUUCCACUUUUAUAUGUCGUCUUAAUAUAUGAUCUUGGACAAAAUGAGAUUUAAUAUAAGGUUUGAUUGUUGGAAUUUUUGUCUACUACGCUUAAUGCCGACGCAUCCAACAAGUACUUUAAAUUCCUAUUGCGGCUUACAAAUUUAAAAUUUCAGAAGCUCAAGAUAAGAAUAUUCUUUAUGUACUUUGCGUGUUUAUUGAUUGAUGAUUUAAUUGUAGACUUUUUUCCAUCGGCUUAUUAAUCGGAUUCCAAUUAUCCUGGUCGGAAUUUUUAAACAAAUUACCAAUGCUUGCCUCUUGAUUUAAUUUUAGCUAUACUAUCUUCUUCUUCAUAAGAAAUCUUCAUUCCAAGGUAAUAUUUUAACUCUCCAUUGUUUGACAUCUCAAAUAUUGUUGACAGAUGGCUUUUGCCCGAAUAUCGUUUUGAUCGUUUCCAGCAUUUAAUGCGUUACCAAAAUAUAUAAUUAAUAACAUUAUAUUGCUAUUAGUUUUAGGUAUAUAAAAGCAAACGUCACGUCGACUUUACAUUUUUUUAAUCGUAAACUCACUUGUCUGAUUCAGUUUUUAAACCAUCUGGUAUUUCUAUCUAUAUGGUAUAAAUUUCUUUCUUUAAAUCAAUUUAAGUGAAAUUAGGGCAACAAUAAAUCUGCUCGCUAGUCUAAUUGCCAAAGCCGAUUUUAUAUUCGUCUAUUUAGUAAUCAGGGAAUAUAUAUUUUCAUAAUCAGUGUCGUAUUUUUUAAAAAAGGCUUUCGCAUCGAGCCUUGCUUUACAGCUUAUCAUGAUUCCCUCUUCUUUUGAGCGACAAACCGUUUACAUGUUCGAAGCUUCUUAUCAAAAAGUUUCUUCACAACUUCGCAAACAUUAUUUUUUUAUGUAUGGAAUUUAAUUAAUUUCUUACGGUUUCUUCCCACUUCUUGCGGGAUUCUAUAUUUUGAAUUUCAUUAUAUGUUUUUGGCGCCUCUUUCACUUUAACUGCUUGAAACCUAUGAAGAAUUACACUCUUCCUGGACGGAAGAACGGUGUUCCAUAUAAUAUUCUUCUUUUGCUUUCACUGAACGUGCAGUUGAUCAAUGUGUGAGCCCUAACUGCUUGGGCACGGCCCUUCGGGAAUUAUUCGUGAUGACUUUGGUUUCCAUCAUUGCAAAAUGGAAUAAAUCGAGAUGAGGAUAGGCUCCAAGACUGACCAGAGUGGGUUUAUUGAGCCAUACACAAUAAACACCCCUAGCUUAUAGGGAUUGGCUAACUCUCCGGAGGGCGCCGGUUACGCUUAAAUAGCUUGUGUGUCAUCGGCCACCGUAGGGUUAAGCCACCAUGGCAGGUACCUACGCUAAACCCUUGACACUGUUCUUAUUCAUCGUAUACUAUCGGACUCAAACUGUUCUGCAUCUCAUCUAAUUGGAUUAUAGAAUCCCCAAUUGGGAUAUUAUUAUUACAUUCGAAUUUGAUUUUUAAACGACAAUAUAAUGGGAGUUUCCUCUUUAUUCGUAAUACACCAUUUACGUGCUCGAACUUAUUAAACUUGCAAUCACGAUCGAGAAUUAUGGAAUGUUUCUCUUUAUCUCAAUGUCUAUGCCUGUUAGGACAAUAUUCAACCAUUCCAACCAUUACGUAUUACUUACUCUUAGUAUCCAGUUUAAUUCUUUUUGCAUCAAGUACCCAAUCAUAUGGUUUGCAAGCAAAAGCUCUGGACAUUGGAAAGCUCUCCUUUGUUGUAAUAAUAAUAAUUCUUUUAGAUUUACAUCAGUUAGAUACAUUCCGGUGUACGCAACUUCAUCCCCUAACAUUUGUGGAAUAUUUGCCCUCGACAAUAGAGAUCGAGCUUUUUCUAAUAAAUUCCGAGAUUGAACUUUGCAGAUACUUUAUGCUAUUGAGGAGUAUAAGCUACUGUUUCGGUAAUUUGCUUACAACAUUUGAGCAUCUCAUUAGAAUUAUAUUCCCGGUUUUGAUCAAGUUUAGCACUUUGUGUCAAAAAGUUUCAAUUUUUUUGUUUUGAGUGUAGUCGUUAAUAAAACAGUCGCAAUAUUUUGAUCGAUUAUACGCUAUUACAGUAAUAGGUUCAAUAGGACUGAAUACGCUCUCAGUGGUGCGACUUACUUUACCUUGUGUCAUUCUCCAAUUCUUACAUUGGGCGCAUAUAUUAAGUUGUUCGGAAAGUUAUUUCGUUUUUUUUUUUUUUUUUUUUUUUUUUUUUUUGGGCAAAAUGAUAAACGAUUUUUUUUAUAGUGCAUAAAUUUUAUUGCUAUGAACGAUCGAAUUCGAUUAAUGUAAUCUACCAGCGGUCUUACAAAUUAUUAUUCGUCAGUUUGCAUCAACUAAUCACUUUAUUUUGUCUUCAUCGGCUUCAAUUGGCCUUCUGGCAUGUGGUAUAUCUUCAAGAUCAAAAUUACCGGAACGAAAUUUCCUAAACCAGUUUUGACAUUAGCCUUCGAUCACAUUUUCUUCAGACACAUUUUUACUUUAUUGAUAGUGAAAAACAAAAAUAUGCCGGAGUUUGCCGCGUUCGACUUUCUAUAGCCGAUAAGGCAUCAAACAAAAGCUAUUUUGCAGAAUCAAGCAAAUCUUCUCAAAAACAAGCCUUGAAAAUGCGGCUCAGCUAUCAAUUUGGCUAUGAUAGAAUGUAAUUAAGUCCACUGUUGGGAUAAAACGAAACGACUUUUCGAAAAGCUGAAUAUUACAAAAGUCAUUUUCUACAAUGUGCCCAAAUAAACCAAUAGCCAUAAAAUAUUCUUCUGAUUUUUAGAACUUACAUGUCCCUAAAUGCCAUAGUGCCUAUUCGAGUGAAGGUCUACUUUCUGCUUUCGUAUAUAGUGCUGACUUUCUGACUUUCGAAUUUUCACUCGAAAAUCGAACAACUUGCUAACCGGUUUCGGUUUAGCAGUUAGCUCAUUAUGCUUGCUUUGUUUUUUCCUGAAUUGUACCUUUAAAGCGGUUUAUAAUAUUUUGGCCAAUGAUAGAAAGAAAGAGAAUCGCCAUUGGAUCGAGGAACAUUUUGGCUGUGUAAAACGUAUUUUCGAAGCAGAGUGACAUUUAAAUUAAAGUUUAGAAGUGCGUAACAGAGAUGUUUUUUAAAUACAUUUAAUUUCGCCCUUUACUUAUAAAACAUCCUAUGGCGUAGAGUAAUAUCCAGGUCGACUUUUUAUUGAUUUUAAUGUAGCCUACGUGUGUUUUUUUUUUUUUUUUUUUUUUUUU